GACAGAGGACCAUGUGAGACUCCAGAAUAAUUUCACACAUAAUGAUUUAAAAACGGUAUUUAUGGUUUGGCAAUUAUUUUUUAAUGCAGCUAUAGAGGUCUUAAACCUCCCUCCUGGAAACAGAGGGAAAAAUGGGCAACCCAGGAAACCAAUCAGGUCUACUGCCAAGCGAGAAGAAGCUGCACUGCUCCUGAUGCUGGACCGCAGAGAGGCAGAGCUGAGAGAGGCGAUGAAGCUGCGCCACAGUCUCACCACUUUGUUGCAUGCACUCAGAGUCGACAUGGAGCAGUGGCUGGAGUUUCUGGAUGUCAAUGAUGGAGACAAAAAGCUAGAUGAAACUGAAGCAGUCCUUGGUGAACACGUGACUGGAGGAGUCGUUCAGAGCUGGAGGCUGGUGCAGCAGAAGCUAAGAGGCAUCUUUUCUGAAGAUCAAACUGCUGCUGGUACUGACCACGAUAAGCUUCUGGCUCAGCUAGAGAUGGAACUGAAGGAAAGUAAGGAGGUGGUCAGAUUACAGCAGCAGCUUCUACAGGAUAGCCUUGUCUCCACGGUCCCAUCUGAACUCUCAGAUUCUUACUUUUUGGAAGAGUGGGAACGUCUUCAGAUGUCCUGGGCAGAGUUGACUCAUCAGAGGAGAACUUUUGAAAGGGAACGGAAAGCUUUCACAGACGCUGCAAUUCGACUGAGCCACGAGCGACGAGAUUUUGAACAACAAAGGAACUUGUUUUUGAAGCAGCAGUAUCUAAGCGACUCACCCGUGUUUAAUCGAGGAGCAUCAAACAGGAGGGAGAGCACCGCUUUCAAUUUCUCCAGUGAGGGAGGAACUAAUGUAUCUGGCUGUCUACCCAUUACUCCCUCACCAAGCAACUCUGGGAAUGCAGCUUCUCCUGGAUUACAUGAAGAAAGGGUCAGAGUUCAAACCCCGAGCACGCCGCAGCUGUACUCUGCCCUUAAUCUACCAUACAAUAACAGGUCUAGAGGAAAUGACCACCACUCUGAGAUGUGUGAAGUUGGGUCAGGCAGGAGACUACGCACACCCUGGCCUUCAUAUUUGGACUGGUCAUUUUAGUGCAAUCUAUUUUCACUGCUGU